AUGGCUAUUGCUGGUUUGAAAAGGUUAAGUUUGAAUAGAAAUUCAUUCAUUGGUGUUAAAAAACUAUUCUUUAGGAAUGAUCAAGAUAAAAUUGAUUGUUUUAUUAGAUUUUUGGAUUCUUUUACAUUAACUUAUAUCACUUUAUUCAAAGUUAUUAGAUUUUAUAUUGAAAUUAAAGCUUUAUCUGGGUUAGAUGGUAUGGAUCUAAAUCAUUUAGAAACUGCCUUAAUCAAGAUUAUCAAAUAUAUUAGACAGAAAAGAGAAGAGUUCCUUUUAUAUAAUAGAUUCCAUUCAUUUAAAGAUUCAAUUAAUAAAUUUUAUAUGAAUUUACAUGUCUUACAAAAAGAAUUUAAAAAUUUCAUUCAAAUGGAUUUAUUUAAUGGAUUGAAACCCCUUAAUAGAAAUCAUAUGUUGGAUAUGUAUAAUUAUGAUUUAAUGUUAUUUAUUGAUAAGAUUAUCCCCUCCAUCAUAACAGUCAUUGAUCAUUUCCAAUCAAUAAUUGACGGAAUGGAAAAUUUGGAUACAUAUCUUGUUGGUGUUAAUACAAUGAUUAUAACUGAAUUUUCAAAUAAAAUUACAAAAAUGAUUGAUGAUAAUCAACCAUUGAUUAAAAAAUUCAUUAACAAUGAUUUAUCAAUAACUCAAUUCCAUAUUAAAAGAAAUGAAUCUUCAUUAAAAUAUUUACAAUUAAAUGAAUCAAUAGAAUCAAUUAUGAUUAAUGAUUGUUUUUCUGGGAAUCAAUUAAUAACUUUAGAAAUAUUUCAAAAAUUCAUUAUAACAGAUUCUAUUUAUAUAUUGGAAAAAUUAUUAAUUCAUUCAACUUCAAUUAUUAAUCAAAUUCAAUCUUCAUUAGAUUUGUUUUUUAAAUUAUCAAAUUUAUUAGAAGUUCAUUUAAAUAAUUGUUUUAUUAAAUUUCAAAAUAUUAAACUUGAUCCUUUUAUAAAUACAACUGAAAAUUUAAUUGAAUCAUGUGAAAUAAUGAUUGAUUUAUUAACUGAAUUAUCUAAAAUCAUAAAGGAAAUUUUCACAUUACCAGAAUUCAAAUCAAUGAAUUUUUCAAAUUAUUCAUUAAAGUUUAAUAUCUUAACAAUAAAUUAUCAAUUUUUCAAUCAAAUUUUAACAUCAAAUCAAAGAAUUACCAAUGAUUUAGAUAAAACUGAUAAAUUUCAAAAUCGUUUUAAAAUUUCAAUUGAUUCAUUAAAUUGUGGUAUAAUGGGAUUAGAAUCUUUAAUUGAUCAUGAUGUUUGA